CAACAUCUGCAUAAGAGUUACAAGUCUUUUCUGAUCUUUUAAAUUACGUAUUUCAUUGUAGACCAGUAAUGUCAGCGUCCAAUCGGGAGACGGAUUGACGUCAUAGCGCUCGCGAGCAGCAGGACCAAACAAGCAGCAUCCCAGAGCGCGAGCCCUCCAUCUCCGCCUCGUAACGGUAAGCCAAAUCAACGUGAUAGAAGAUAAGAUGGCCACCUCCUCCUCCAAUCUGGAAGAAGACGAAAGUCUGAAAGGCUGCGAGGUUUUCGUGCAGAAACACAACAUCCAGCAGAUCCUCAAAGAGUGCAUCGUCAACCUGUGCAUCGCCAAGCCCGAGCGGCCUUUGAAGUUCCUGCGGGAGCACUUCGAGAAGCUGGAGAAGGAAGAAUGCAAGCAGAUCAUGGCCCGUCAGAAGUCCAACUCGCAGUCGGACUCUCACGAUGAUGAAGUGUCUCCUCCUCCUCCAAACCCGGUGGUGAAGGCCCGGCGCCGGAGAGGUGGGGUCAGCGCCGAGGUCUACACAGAGGAGGAUGCCGUCAGCUAUGUCAGAAAGGUCAUUCCAAAGGACUACAAGACAAUGACCGCCCUGGCCAAAGCCAUCUCAAAGAACGUGCUGUUUGCCCAUCUGGAUGACAAUGAGAGAAGUGACAUAUUUGAUGCCAUGUUCCCGGUCACACACAUCGCUGGGGAGACAGUAAUCCAGCAAGGUGAUGAAGGAGACAACUUUUAUGUGAUUGAUCAAGGAGAAGUUGACGUGUAUGUAAACGGUGAAUGGGUGACUAGUAUUGGAGAGGGUGGUAGUUUUGGAGAGUUGGCCCUGAUAUACGGAACUCCUCGAGCUGCUACUGUGAAAGCCAAGACUGACCUGAAACUGUGGGGAAUAGACAGAGACAGCUACCGCCGCAUUCUCAUGGGAAGUACGUUGAGGAAGAGGAAGAUGUAUGAAGAGUUCCUCAGCAAGGUGUCUAUACUUGAAUCCCUUGAUAAGUGGGAGAGGUUGACUGUGGCCGAUGCCCUGGAGCCUGUGCAGUUUGAAGAUGGAGAGAAGAUCGUAGUGCAAGGAGAACCAGGAGAUGAUUUCUUCAUCAUUACAGAGGGUAUAGCGUCUGUUCUGCAGCGCAGGUCUGAUAAUGAGGAAUAUGUUGAAGUGGGCCGCCUGGGUCCGUCUGACUACUUCGGUGAGAUAGCGCUGCUAUUGAACAGACCCCGUGCAGCCACAGUCGUGGCCAGAGGCCCGCUGAAGUGCGUGAAGCUGGACCGGCCACGUUUCGAGCGCGUCCUCGGGCCCUGCUCUGAGAUUCUCAAGAGGAACAUUCAGAGAUAUAACAGCUUCAUUUCCCUCACAGUCUAACCUGACCUUUAUGACAUGCAUCUAGACCUCCGUCAGAUUACUUGGGUACCUGGUUGCAUAAAAUAGGUACUUUGCUUUGCUUUAGGUUUUGCUUAAAUCAUUAGCUUAACUCUAGUUGAGUUGCUCUGAACAGGGCCGACAGUAAAUAAUAAUAAUAAUAAAAAAAACUAUUUAUUUUAUGCAGCCAAGCAUUCAGUUUUUACUUUUUUUUGCAAGAAGCACAAGUGCUCCACCUUUCUGCUUUUUUCCUUUAUGUGAUUUUCUUUUUCUCAUGUGCACUUUGAAUUGACCUAUGCUGUCACAAAGCUUUAUUUCUGUAGAUUAAGAGAGGAAAUGAGGUGCCCAAAUGGACUGAUAUGAAACAUCUUCAUGUGGCAUGUGUAAAUGUCAUAUAGUACGUGAUGCAUGCAGACCAGAGAUGCAUUUUGUACACUUGCCAUUCAGCAUUGAACAG